AUGCCGGAGUUGUUUGUUUGCAAGAGACAUAUCGGUCAAACGGACAUUUCUGAUUUGAUGCAGCCGUCCUUCAAAGAGAGGAAGGCCGCCAACCGGAUCCGGUUCAUCGAUUUCGAAGGCUUGGGCCCCUGUUGUCCAGACCGAUGGAUACGAGCCCUUUUAAGUUUCCUGCUGAAGCGGCGGAAAAUGCUGGAUCAAAAGCUCCCCGUGUUCGCAUCCUCAGACGAUGACCCAGAGCCCUACAACCUGAAGGCAGAUGUGUUUUCCUUUGGCAUCCUGAUGUACGAGGUGAUGGAGCGCCAACUGCCUUACAGCGAACGCUUCGGGAACGACGUAUCGGAUCCUCGGAUCAGCCUUCAUGUUUGCAUGGGCCUGCGCCCAGAAGUUCGCAGCUCAACUUCGGAAGACUCGCCAGAAGUCCGGGAGGCCAUCCGCAACCUGAUGCAGCGCGCAUGGCACAACGAGCCAGACGACCGGCCGAGCUUUCCGGAGCGGCCCUUGCUAUUGUUCAGGGGUCUACGGGAAUGUCGACCCCUGGUGAAUAGCCCCGAUAGCUGA